UCGGGCGCCAUGGGCUGGGAGGAGAAGCCGGUGCGCGGCUACGCGGAGUUCGCGCGGACGGCGCAGCAGCACCACGGCCGGCCCAUCUUCGUGCUCUUCAGCGGCGACAAGGACGCCGCGGGCCACAGCUGGUGCCCGGACUGCGUCACGGCUGAACCGGUGAUACGGGGCGAACUGCACAACAUGCCGGAAGGAUCCAUAUUCAUCUACUGUCAAGUGGGAGACAGAGCCUACUGGAAAGAUCCUAACAACGAGUUCAGAAAGAAUCUGAAAUUAACUGGAGUGCCUACACUACUUAAAUAUGGGACUCCUCAGAAGCUGGUAGAAGAGGAAUGUUUUAAGGCAGACCUUGUUCGCAUGUUGUUUACUGAAGAUUAAGUCUGGACUCUUCAGUAGUCAAUCAUUUAUCUAGAAACUGGAUGUUUGUAUCUUCUGACUGUAGUUAGAUUUUACAGUGUCAAUUUCAUCUGCUGGCCAAAACACAUAUCAUGAAAUUCUGGGUGCAGAUCAUGUGAGGGGAAUGUGAAACACUAAGGAACUGUAAUCUAUGCUUUUGCUGAAUUAAAUUCAUUUGCAACAA